AUGACCGACACGAGGAAGAUGAGAGAAAUGACGGCUACGAGCGACCGUCACUUCUUCCGCCUACCAAGAGAACUGAGAGAUCUGAUCUACACUCAUCUGUCCACCAGAUCUGCUCCUGCCAGGCUCACCCACAAAUGGUUCAGGAGUGGCAAUUUGCCUGCAAAAGUGACAGGACUUCCUUCCCGACCAUUGCAGCUCAUCAACAAGCAAUUCCGCGACGAAUACACAUCGGUGGCUCUCAACACCAAGACUCUUGUGGUCGAGGACCAUAUCGCGCAAUACAAGCAAUUCAAGAUCACCUUCACCAUUCCGCGUCCGAUCACGGGAGUGAGGACAUUGCAUCUCAAGCUCCAUCUAAGCUCCAGCCUAGAUCUUGCGGAAGCAGAGUGUCACGAAUGCUGGAUCACUCAGCUUCUGCAAAAGCUUCCGAACCUGUGCAGAUUGGAGCUCGACGUCGUGCUCGAUCGUGCUGGGGAGCAAGUCAACCUCCUCAAAGCAUACAACGUCCAAUUAGACAUGCUCUUGAAUCUGCCUCAUGUCAAGUCUCUCAGGGUUUGGAAGACUGAGAACUUCCCGGAAGAUGAUUCGGGGACUUGGGAUUAUGGUCUGGUUACCGAUCACAUUGCGACAUGGGCCUUCUCAAGCAAUAGUUGGCUGGAACCCGGGGCGUCAUCAGCUUUAUCUUCGGCUGCUGUCGCGGCGGCAGAGGUCGCCACGACGAUCAGUACGGAAGCUAUAUUGGACGUGACUGAGGACAUGAUCUCAUGCGAACUAACAGCCAUGACUGAGUGUACAAGGAUAAGUUUGUGUUAA